AGCUUUGAAAAUUGCUGUGUUCAAGGACCCAGGAUGAAAAAUAAAGCAAAGCCGUGUGCAUCACCUGUAUUCCAGCAGUCCUCUGAAAUUUAACUAAAAUGAUGACUGCUCCUCCUUCAGAGAACUGCUCUUUGACAUACCAGUUACAUCAGACACACCAGCCCCUUGACUUUAACUAUCUGCUCUUCUUGAUCCUACUUGGGAAAAUAAUAUUGAAUGUCCUCACACUAGGCAUGAGGAGAAAAAACACCUGUCAAAAUUUUAUGGAAUAUUUUUGCAUUUCUCUAGCAUUUGUUGAUCUUUUACUUUUAGUAAACAUUUCUGUCAUAUCCUAUUUCAGGGACUUUGUACUUUUAGGCAUUAGGUUCACUAGAUACCACAUCUGCCUAUUUACUCAAAUUAUCUCCUUUACUUACGGCUUUUUGCAUUUCCCAGUUGUCCUGAUAGCUUGUGUGGAUUAUUACCUGAAUUUCUCUAAACCCACCAAGCUUUCGUUUAAGUGUCAAACACUAUUUUAUUUCCUUACGAUAGUUUUACUUUGGAUGUCAGUCCUGGGUUACGUUUUGGGAAGCCCAGGUGUCUCCCGGGCCCUGAAGACAUGGAGUGCUUACUCUCAUCCCUGUCCUUUCUACAUCAGCAGCCAGAGUUCCUGGCUGUCCUGGUCCAUGCUGGGGGUUUUACUUGUGGCACUGAUCACCUCUUGGUCAGAAGUUAUCACCCUGGUACGGGCUAUCAGGAUAACGUCCUAUAUGAGUGAGACGAUCUUGUAUUUUCCUUUCUUGUCCCACUCUAGUUACAUGGCGAACUCUAAAAAGAUUCUCCUGUCUAAGCUCCUUGUCUGUUUUCUUGGUACCUGGUUCCCAUUUGUGCUGCUUCAGGUCAUCAUCCUGUCACUCCAAGUGCAGAUCCCAGCGUAUGUUGAGAUGAAUGUUCCCUGGUUGUACUUUGUCAACAGCUUCCUCAUUGCCACAGUUUACUGGUUUAAUUGUCAUAAGCUUAAUUUAAUACACGUCACAUUACCUGUGGAUCCCUUCGUCAGCUGGAAGUGCUGCUUCAUUCCACUGAUAAUCCCUAAUUUGGGGCAAAUGGAAAAGCCCAUCUCAAUAAUAAUUUAGUAUGUUGCCAUGUUAAAACCAAUUAAAACUGUAAAAAUUAAGAUUUUACAAUGGAAAAACUCAGGACAUGUAAAGUAAUGAACUGAAACUCCCUUACCUUUUU